ACUGAUCUGCUGUCAGGGAUUCAUCCACAGUGUCACAACCCCACCGUGAAGUGAAAGUGGAGAAACGCUGCUGGAGAGUCUUUUGAGGGUUUUAUGAGAUGUACUGUUUAUUCACAGGAGACCAUAAACCAGUAAAGAAAGCUGUGACAAACGUCCUUCUUCAUUAACAUUUCGGCUCCUUUGCGCUUCUUUGGUUCGUCCUCUGCAGCUCGGAUUAAAAGGUAAAAUGUGAUCAUCUCGGUUAAAAGCAGGGAGGAGCGGAGUGGGCCAGUGCCCUGUACUGUCUGUGGUCCUUUAUGACAGCUCCCGUACGCCAGAUGGCCAGUCCGGCCGUGAUGGGCGGCUUGACACAGACCGUUGCUUUAGGAGGAACUCCAGUCCUGUUUGCUCGGAAUAUGUCUGUUUGGUGUGAUCUGAAAUCCUCCAUUCGGAUUAAAGAGGUCUCUGGUCUUUAAAAAGGACUCAUUUUCAGUUUUGCUCUUACGCGCGUGCACCUGAUGGAGACGGGACUGGGCGAACAUUGAAGCCUGAUCUGACCCAACGGCAGCACAUGAUCUCAGAAACCGAAACUAGCAGCAACUACACCGCAAUCCAAGCCUUUUCAACAGCAAACCACCACUGUUACAUUCUUAGACGUGAACAUGUGUGAGAAACGAAUGGAAAUGAGCGCAAAGCAGAGGGAGGUGGAAUCCGUUCCACGAGUCCGUGCCUUUCUUUGCGCCUGGCUGGUUCUCUCCACCUUUAAAGCAGCUAGAGGGAAGAAAACAGUCGAGAGGGAGGCGACAGCGCAAAUACAAUGGUCACUGAAACUGCAAAAGACAAUCCGAAGGCCGAUUAUUUCCCACCCGAAGCGAGCGAUUGCCCCAACUCUCCCAUCUCAUUUUCCUCCGAAGACGGCCAGCUAAGCAGGAGGCGCGACACCCAGACCACCAGCGGCAGCAUCAUCCCGGAGGACAGCGGCAGCAUCCAGGCCCUGGUCACCUCAUCCGCAGCCGCCGCCAGCAUCAUGACAUCAGGGGAGUUCGUGCAGUCCGCUCCCCUGCUGGCGCACAAAUCCAAGAGGAGCAUGCUGUACAAGGCGCUGUGCUUCCUCCUCCUCAUCUUCCAGGGCGGCGUUCUGGAUUUCUACCUCAUCAUCUUCACGGACCUGUACUGGUGCUCGUGGAUAGCCACGGACCUCGUGGUGAUUUCGGGCUGGGGGAUUUUCUUCAUGAAGAACGCGCGGAGUAAGAGGGAGCGGGCCUGCGGCUUUCACCAGAAAAGCUCCAUUUUCGGCUGCAACCUCGGAGAGUUCACCUACGCCUACCUUGCAUGGCUCAUCUACGUCAUCGCCUGCACCCCUAAGGUGGUGCUCAUCCUGGAGACCUCCAUCCUGGAGCUGAUCACGUUAAAGGUCCCGUUCGGAGCGACCGGCUUCAAAAUCGUCAUGCUGCUGUCUGCGCCGCUGCUCUUCUGCCUCAUCAACUCCAUCAUCGAGGACCUGAACGGUUCGACGCGGCACCACUCCCAGAGCUGCUUCAUGGGCACCUGCCUGGACCUGCUGGACAGCUUCACGCUUGUGGAGAUGCUGCUAAGGAACGAGAUCCCCACGCUUUAUCUUAAAUACACCGUGAUCUCGGUGUACUUUGUGGCCCUGGCCGUGCCGGUGGUCUGGCUGUACGAGCUCACGGCGUCCGAGCUGCGCUGCAGGUGGCUUUGGGCCCGUUUCUCCACGGGCCUGGUGGUUAAUGCGCCCCUGCUGGUGGUCAGGUGUUUCCAGGUCUACAUCUACAAGAUGCCGGUGUCGGUGUUCAUGUUCAAAAACAUCUUCUUCUUGGCCUGUAAGCUGCUGGAGCUGCUGGAGCAGUGUGUGGCGUUCCGGGGGGUCCGCAGGCUGGCUGGCGGCAGCAACCCGGCCCAGUUCUCCCACUGCGUGUCCGAGAACGACAUGUGUCCGCACGGGUAUGUCAAUACUCUGGCUGUGGCUCAGUCCUAGAGCCGUGGCGGCCGUCUCUGCCUGUGACGGCAGGACAGACAUAGCUGGAACCUGGAAAAUCCCAAAUACCACCGAGUGUCCGCCUCGGGAUGCUGGCUUUUGGAUUCACGUCCACGCGAUAAGCAAAGCAGCAGUGGCUGCGCUGUCUGAACCAGGAUCAAACCAAGAACUGAGCAACAGCAGCGAGAGGAAGACUGAAGCA